GGAGCCCAGACACACAGAAUGGCUUCAGAGAAAGGUCCUUCACACAUGGAUGCCACUUUGGGGAGGAGAAUCGAACCCUGGGACUUUGUGGAAUCCUUUGAGCCCAGAGCCCUCCGUAAAGAGACCUACCUGCUUUAUGAACUCCGGUGGACAAGCGGCAAGAUCUGGCGAAACGCCAACAGAAACACCACCCAGCACGCAGAGGUUAAUUUUAUAGAGAAGCACAUUUCUGAAAGACGCAUCCGCCCAUCCACCAACUGCUGCAUCACCUGGUUCUUGUCCUGGAGUCCCUGCUGGGAAUGUGCCAAGGUCAUUAAGGAAUUUCUAAGUCAACACCCAAGGGUGACACUGGUUAUUAAUGCAGCCCGGCUCUUUUAUCACACGGAUCCCCAGAACCGGCAAGGACUCCGAGAUCUGGUCGCGAGUGGUGUCACGAUCAAGAUCAUGAGCAUGGCAGAGUACCGUUACUGCUGGGAGCAAUUCGUCAACUACCCACCAGGGGAAGAAGCUUGCUGUCCAAGGUACACACCUGAACCCAUGAUGAUGUAUGCCCUGGAACUCCAGAGUACAAUUCUAAAUCUCCCAUCCUGUUUAAAGAUUUCAAAGAGUCAUCAAAAUCAGCUUGCAUUUUUCAACCUUACUCUUCAAAAUUGCCAUUAUGAAGCAUUCUACCUUUUAGCUCUAGGACUAUUAACAGCUUUUUAUCCUACUUGGAGAUGAAUAGAAUGAUUCUUUCUGUUCACACUGUUUCAAGAACAAGCUACGUACUGAAG